CCAGGCAGGGAGACAAAGGGCGGGGCCACGGCGUCCGGGCCCAGGACCCAGCUGGUGCUGCUGCCCGUUUCCCUGAGUCCAGUACCCCGAGUCCCGCGCCCCACGCCGGACCCCAGCCCGAUCAUGCCCGAGCAGCUCAGCGUCGCCGAGUUCCUGGCGGUCACCGCGGACGACCUUAGCUCCCAGGGUGGCUCCGCCGCACUCGCCUUCGCCGCCAAGAUGCCCCGAUGCAGGGGGGCGGCGCUGGCCCGGGAGGAGAUUCUUGAAGGGGACCAGGCCAUCCUGCAGAGAAUAAAGAAAUCAGUCCGGACGAUUCAUAACUCUGGCCUUGCCCAUGUGGAGAAUGAGGAACAGUACAGUGAGGCCCUGGAGACUUUUGGUAACAGCCACCUCUCACAGAACAACCACGAGCUGUCCACAGGCUUCCUGAACCUGGCUGUGUUCACCCGAGAGGUGGCUGCCCUCUUCAAGAACCUGGUGCAGAACCUGAAUAACAUAGUCUCUUUCCCCCUGGACAGCCUGCUGAAGGGGCAGCUGAGGGAUGGGCGACAGGAUUCCAGGAAGCAGGUGGAGAAAGCAUGGAAGGACUAUGAGACCAAAGUGGCCAGACUGGAGAAGGACAAGGAGCGGUCCAGAAUGCCUGGAGGGGGUCCGGCAGAGGCAGCUCAGGACACCCAGAGAGAGAGACGAGUCUUCCAGCUGCACAUGUGUGAGUACCUGCUAAAAGCCAGUGAGAGCCAGAUGAAAGAAGGUCCUGACUUCCUGCAGAGCCUCAUUAAAUUCUUCCAUGCCCAGCACAACUUUUUCCAAGAUGGCUGGAAGGCAGCUCAAAGCCUCUCUCCCUUCAUUGAGAAAUUGGCAGCCUCAGUACAUUCGCUGCACCAGGCCCAUGAGGAGGACAUUCAGAAGCUCACACAGAUCCGGGACUCUCUCCGGGGUGCCCUGCAGCUGGAGAGCAGAGAGGAGAACUCAAGUCGGAAGAACUCUGGCAGUGGCUACAGCAUCCACCAGCACCAAGGGAAUAAGCAGUUUGGGACAGAGAAGUCGGGCUUUCUGUACAAGAAGAGUGAUGGAAUUCGGAGAGUUUGGCAGAAGAGGAAGUGUGGAGUCAAGUAUGGUUGCCUGACCAUCUCCCACAGCACGAUAAAUCGCCCGCCGGUGAAGCUGACGCUGCUCACCUGCCAAGUGAGGCCAAGUGUGGAGGAGAAGAAGUGUUUUGACCUAGUGACCCAUAACCGGACGUACCACUUUCAGGCUGAGGAUGAGCAUGAGUGUGAGGCGUGGGUGUCGGUGUUACAGAAUAGCAAAGAUGAGGCCCUGAGCAGUGCCUUCCACGGAGAGUCAGGAGGUGGACUUCAAGGGAGCCCAGCAGGUGCUGGGCUGGAUGGGGACCUCCGGGAGCUCACCAGGCUAAUCAUUGCUGAGAUCAAAAGCAGGCCUGGGAACAGCCAGUGCUGCGACUGUGGAGCAUCAGACCCCACAUGGCUCAGUACCAAUCUGGGCAUCCUCACCUGCAUCCAGUGCUCAGGAGUCCACCGGGAGCUGGGUGUGCGCUUCUCCCGAAUUCAGUCACUCACCCUGGAUGUGCUGGGGCCCGCAGAGUUGCUGCUGGCCGUCGGCAUUGGAAACACACAGUUCAAUGAGAUUAUGGAAGCCCAGCUCACACUGAAUGGUGCCACCAAGCCCUCGAGUGAGAGUGACAUGAGCACACGAAGGAACUACAUCAUUGCCAAGUAUGUGGAGCACAGGUUUGCUCGCCGAGGUGGGUAUGAGCCCCACAGACUCUGGACAGCAAUCUGCAACCGGGACCUCCCCGCUGUACUAGAAGCCUUUGCCAACGGCCUGGACUUUGGGCAGCCAGUGCCUCGGCCAGAUGGGCAGACAUCCGGGGAGCUGGCCCUGCACUUGGCCAUCCGCCUUGCCGACCAGACCUCCCUGCCCCUGGUGGAUUUCAUCAUCCAGAAUGGAGGCCAUGUGGAUGGCAAGACGCCUGAUGGGAACACGGCUCUGCACUUCGGGGCCCUGCACAACCAGCCCGACUGCCUCAAGCUGCUGCUCAAAGGGAGAGCCUCCGUGAGCACAGUGAAUGACACUGGCGAUACUGCCUUAGAAGUGGCCCGGAAGAAGAGACACAAGGAGUGUGAGGACCUGUUGGAACAGGCCCAGGCUGGGACCCUCAUGCUUCCGUUUCACAUAAACUAUCCCUGGGGAGUUUCCUCGGACCCUGGAUCUGAGAGUGAGGAGGAAGAAGAAAAUAAGCGCUGCCCCAUCAAGCUCCCAGCCCCAGCAAGGCCCCGAUGGGGCUGUACAGGUAUGGACAUAAGCAACAAGACCUACGAGACCAUCGUCAGCCUGGGCCCCACACAGGCCAACAACAGAAGAAGCCACGCUGAAGAACUCCCACCCCCUCUCCCUGUCAAAAGCCCUUCCCGGGCCUCCUCCCAAGGCCGGAUAGGACACGGGAGUGUAGAUGGCUCGGAGGCACCUGGACCCCUGGAGUCUCCAUCUGUGUUUAGUCCAACCACCUCUUCCAGCCCCAGCCCCACAGAAAGCAUUCCUGCCCGGCCGGCCAGCUGUGGCUCCUCAGGUCCCCGAGUCCCAGGCCAGGCAGAGACCUGCCCAGAGGAAAGCCCCUGGGAGUCCUCGGGGACAGUUCAUCCUCUCCCACCCUCAGGGGCCACCUCUCCUGAGCAGCUUCCCCCGGUCAAGUUCAGCUCAGAAAGUACUCGGUCCUAUCGUAGAAGUGGUCGAGGCCUGGAAGACACCCCCUCAGGCAGGCAGCUGCCCCCUGGGCCUGCGGCCAGGAGAGCUGUAUCGAUCCCCCUUCCCAGCCAGCCCCAGGGGAAAUCAAAAAGAACCAAGUCCCUGACAGAUGGCCGGAUUGAAGACACCCGAUCCCCUCUCACCUUCUCCCAGGGGGAAGUGAGUGAGGCUCCAUUCGCUGAGGAUGAGCAGACCUGGGAUGGCGUCACUGAAGGCAAUGACUCCAAAGCCGGACCCCUCUUGUCUAGUUCUGGGAAACUUUCACAAGACUGACCCCACCCUCGAUACCCUGCCCAGGCUGGGUUCAGGCCAUCCCCAUCAAAGUAGAGCUUUGGCUGGGACUUGGAUCCUUGGUGAGCCCAGAAGAUCAGGGAUCAGGGGGCUUUCUCGGUCUCCAAUCCCUCCUGCCGGCCACAUCCGGGCACAGGACUCCCUCAAACUUGGGGUCAUUCUGAGGCGGCAAUGACUGGAAGGGUUGGGGUGGCCUUUCCAGCUGUGUCCAGGACUUCCUCAUCUUUGAGUCACCAUCUCUGUUUCAACAUGGUCAUGCUGGUGACAAUGCCAGCUGAGAGGCUGGCCUUGUCUAUUUCUCUUUGCCCAGCAUGGCUUCAGAAGUGAAUUCAAGGAUAGGAUAUAGAACUUGUGAUGCCAGACACUCACCUUAGGGCCUAAAAACGGAUUCUCUACCCCAUUGCCCUCUCCCCAAGACAAGGACUACACCUCCCCCAUCAAAUGUGGCGGCGGGGUGAUCCUCUAAGGGCUGGGCCAUCUUUUCCCCAUCCUUUAGUCAUUUAACAAACAUUUCCUGACCCUUUUCUUCAUGCUGGACCUUACACAAGGGAAUCAGGCUCUGCCCUCCAGCUUACCUAGGAAAGCUUACAGUGUCCAGAAGAUGGGGAUUGUGUCUCUUCCAUCGGGACCAAGGGAAAAGCCUCUGGGCUCAUGGGUUACUCAGGUGGGGCUGGUCCUUGAACCCUGGCCAUGGCACAGAGCAGGUGAAGUAGAGAGAAGGGGGCAGGGCUGGGAUUACCAGACAGGAGGGUUACCCAGAGUUCUGUUCCCCUCAGUAGAAAAUAGAAAGAGGUUUCCCCUCCCCUUCCCCAACUCCCCAGUGCUUGGCUCAGGGAAAGAAAGGGGAAAGGGAAAGUAGGGACUCAUGGGUGACCCUUCUCUGUCUCCCAUCUUCCCCCUCUUAUAGCCAGCUUGGAGGAGCUCUCUUGCCUGAGGAGGAAAGGAAGGGAAGGGGUACAUGUGGGCACAUUGGCAAAAGGUGCCCCACAAAAAAGACCUCUUCCCGUGGCCUGUCCCCGAGUCCAAUACUCUACCAUGAGAAAUCCUGUGGGAGCUCUUGGUGAACAUUCAGAUCCUCCGGAAAGGGGGAACAGAAGAUAGGGGUGGCGCCCUUCUGUUAGGAGAGAGCAGACAGGGUGGGCCCCAGGUCAUUGCACCAGCUUCCCUCACAGAUGUGGCUGGCUUCGUGGUUCUGGGAGAACUGGGACACUCUCUUCCGUUGUUCAUCUCAGACUUUCUGUUUCACUGAUUUCAAAUAAAGGAUUUAUCAUUGUUAUUUUUGCUAAA